AUGACAAGGUUUUCUUGCGCCACGUGUGGUGCCGCAGGCACAUUCGGCGUCAACUACCCCGCUACCAGCUGCACAUCCUGGAGAAAAUCACCGCGUUCUUGUCCACCCUGUUUGAAGCUCAAGAUUAUAGACAAUCAAAUUGCGGAAACGCGAGCAUUUCUCGACCAUCUGGAAGCUCAUCGCGAUGCAUUGAAGGCAGACAUCAAUACCUCUCAUGACCCCUUCACAAACGUCUUCCCCACCGAAAUCGCACACAGGAUAUUCUCCCUAUGCAAGAAAGAGAGCCCAGAAAUCCUUUCAAAGUACUCUCAAUGUCACUUACAGUACCUCAAUCGUGUGCCGCUGUCUCUAGCCGCCGUGUGCAAGCGAUGGCAAGCCGUAGCGUGGUCGACUCCUUCUUUAUGGGCUCUCGUAUACUUCCACAUCGGCCGUGUUGUCGAUACCACCCUCUAUGAAGACAUAUUUCGUCGCUGGCUCAGACGCUCUGGCUGCCAGUUGCUGUCCAUCUACCUGCACAUUGACGAUUACGACAGUAGCAACAGGGAGUGGGACCGAUUUUGCCGAUCCGUUAUAGGCGCCAUCAGCGACAAUUGGCAUCGCUGGCAGAACCUUUCCCUAACCAUCCCACUCCACCUCCUUUCUCUAUUUAGACGUAUGCACCACGACGUCGACGGUCGGCCACACCUUCGCAACUUAUUCAUUUGCCCUCCGUUCAGCAAUAGCCCCACACAUGUCACGUCAGUCUUUGACAUAGGCACUAGCUUUAGGCCAGAUCCUGAUACGGUAUAUCUUUCAGACUGUCUAUUCCAAGACAUUCACAUCGACUGGGUGAAUGUUACUCAAGUCACCAUCGAGGGCUUUUGCCUUUCGGACUGCUUUGAAUUGCUCAAGUCCGCCCCUCUAUUGUUCAACUGCGCUUUCGAAAGAGUCGCCGAGUUCGGUGACGAUCUUCCCUAUAGUGGAGGGCCCAUCGUCCAUCACCGAUUGAAGACGUUGGUCAUCGAAAUUAUGACCCACUCAAAUCCCUCCUUCUUCGACAAUCUCACGCUUCCGUCGUUGGAGCGACUCACGUACUUCUGCCACAUCAGCGAGGAACCGUUGGACGACGUGACAUCGCUUCUGGACCGUUCCGAGUGCCCUAUCAACUUCCUUUCCGUUUCCGAAUCUACCUAUCCACACGACACUGUUGGUCUAUUCGAUCUACUAUGGAGUGUUCCGACGAUCGAAGGCCUCGAACUGUACAACAUUGCUCUAAACGACGAGUUUUUCGAGCUUCUCGCCCUCGACGUGCCGACCUCAGAUGGUGGGGAAUACGGCGAAUUCCUGCCUCGCCUUCAGACGCUCGUACUGUCCAUUUCAGACGGGCCCCACACCUUCUCGUGGCCAGCAUUAUAUCAGUCGCUCUCGAACCGAGUUUCCCACAAGCGCACUGAAGAUGGCCUUCCGAUGCUUAAAAGAGUGCUGAUUGACAUCUCGACCGGCGACGACGACCAAGGGUAUUAUAUCGACGAAUUGGGUAUUGCAGCUUUCCAAAAUGUGAUUGACGAGGGUGAUACAUAA